AUGGCUGUGACCAGCAUGUACCGCAUUCUCGUCGACGCUUGCUCGGGUAUCAAAUCGCGGCCUCAACAUAUCCUCAUCCUACAUGAAUCACAAUUAGGUCGGCCGAACACAAUAGUAUGUCGACCAUCUGGGACUGCACCUGGGAAGGCCAAUCCUGCAGUCCCGACCACCAGAUCCAAUAUCACAAUCAAGCACGCCGGCCCCAAGGCUUUUGAAAAUGACAGGGCGUCAGGCUGUGAACCAAUGUCAUAUACCAUUACGAUUUCCAGCUAUCACGCCAGUCAUAGUACCAUCGUGCAUUUGGAGCUUCACCUGAAAUCGUGUUGGUACCAGAAUGACGCACAAGAACGGCAUUAUACAGCUUUCAAUUGGCGAUACAGCAUGAGUCUAGCAAUGCAGGGUAUCAUCUGCUGCCGCAGAUGGGGGCGGCGGCUCCUCAGUACGGCGCUUAAUAAUAAGGUGUACCAACACGAGGACGGCAUGCAAUGGGAAGUUUCAAUUCUCCAUAGUGAUGAGGAUACGCGAAAGUACUGCUCCUUUCGGAAUUCAAUGAUUUUCAUUGCAGGAGAAGACAGUGACGACAUCGUUCUAAGAGACCCCGCCGACUGA